AUGUACAAUAAUCUCUUAUAUAAUAUUGUUUAUAAACGAAUUAUAAUCUUAGGACAUCAUAUAUUAUUAUUAUUAUCAUCAUCAUCAUCUAUGAUAUUUGAAAAUUCCGCUUUCUUAUCAAUUCAACAGUUUCAAUAUUAUAUUCAUUCACACAUAGAAUUAUUAUUAAAAAAUUUCUGUAAUCAUUUUAAUAUAAAAUUUUUUAUUAUUUUAUUAAUGAUUAUUAUUAAAAGUCAAUUAAAAUAUGAUUUAUUUCAUUCAAUGAAUCUGACAGUUGAUGCAUCUAUCUUAACCCCAACACCAACACCAACAACAACAACUAAUACAUUUAAACAAUAUUAUCAUAGACCAUUAAAAUAUUAUUUACAAUUAUCUAAUGAACAAAAACAAUCACUUAGAUCCUAUUUAUAUCAUUCAGAUCAUUGGCUUACACAACAAAUGAAUAAUCCAUUUUUGUCAAAUAUCAUUACAAAUGAUCAUGGUGAUAAUGAAAAUGAUAAAAAUCCACAAUUCAAUAAUCUUCAAUAUAAUGAAAAAAUACAAUCUAUAAUUGAAAAAUUUAAAAAUAAAAUUUUACAUCAAUUACAUUUGAAAACGGUACCAAAAGUCAAUGUGAAUAAUGAAUCUGAAUGGAAUUCAUUACCAAUAAUAUUACGUAAUCGAUUAAAAGCUGAAAUUGAUGUGAAUAAUCAAUUCAUUGAUAAACCAAUUGGACAAGAUGAAGAGAAAGAAACACUGAUUUUAUUAAAACAAUACCAACCGCCAGUGAAACUGCCCAAUCCAAAUAUAUUUACAUUAAAAGUAGCCGAAGAAAUUGAUCCAACUCAUAUAAGCCGAGUUACUCUUCAUGUCGAGAUCAACGGUGAAAUUCGUCCAAAUUCAAUAUUCACUUUAUGGGAAAUUCAUCCUACAUUAUUUAAACCAAAUUUUUUAUGGUUUAAUGAUAUUAAUGAUAAUAAUAAUAACGAUAAUGAUGAUUUAACAGCUGAAUCGUUACCACAAACUGAUAUCAAUGAUUAUAAUGAAAUGGAAAAUGAUCAAAAAUUUCAAUCAUCCAAUUUAUUCAAUGAUCCAUAUAGAUUAUCUAUUAAUGAUUUCCAAAGAAUGUUUACAUUAAUUAAACCAGAAAUAGCUAAAACUAUGAUACCUCAAAAUAAUUUGACAUCUAUGAUAACAUUGAAUAUUACAAAUCGUAUGAUUCAUUGGUUAAAAUAUAAUCAUAUAAAAAUUCAAGCCUAUAAACCAUUAAUAAGAUAUUUAAUGAUUAUGUGUAAUGAUUGUGAUAAUGAACAAAAUAUUAUUGAUCCAAAAAAGGUUGUUAUGGAAAUUAAAUAUCGUCCACGUUUAAAAAGACAGAGGCGUUCAUUAACUAAAGGAGACGAGACAAUAUACAAUGUAUGUCGUUCUAAUGGACACCAUUAUAGUUGUUGUACACAACCAUUAUCUGUUAAAUUUUCUGAUAUUGGUUGGGAUAAUUGGAUUAUACACCCGAAAAGUUUUGAACCGAAUUAUUGUCGAGGAUCCUGCAAAGUCACAUCAACAAAAAGUCUACACUAUGAUGUUAUGGAUUUAUUAUUACGUAAGAAUUUAUCACAAUUUGGAAAUAUUCAACGUGAUGAUGUACAAUCUUGUUGUCAUCCAACUCAAUUAACUAGUAUGUCUGUUUUAUACUUGGAUUCAAAUCGUGAAUUACAAAUGCAUACUUUACAUAAUUUAAUUGUUUUAGGAUGUGCUUGUAGUUAAUAACAUUAUUCAU